AUGACUAAUUCCACUAUAACGAAUGGAUUUAUUCUCAUGAGUUUUUCUGGCAAUCCUGAGAUAGAAAUCUUGCAUGCUUCUGUGUUUUUAGUUUUAUACUUGGUGGCUUUAACUAGCAAUAUUCUCAUUAUCACUACAACUUCCAUAGAUCAUAGUCUCCACUCACCUAUGUAUUUCUUCCUGAAACAUCUCUCCUUUUUGGAUUUGUGCUAUAUUACUGUGACUGUACCUAGAUCCAUUUGCAACUCUUUCGUGCAUAGUGGCAAUAUUUCCCUCUGGGAGUGCAUAUUGCAGUGUUUUGCAUUCACUGUCUGUUGUUCUGCUGAGAUGGCCAUGCUCACAGUGAUGUCCUAUGACCGCUAUUUGGCCAUCUGCCUUCCACUGCGCUACAAAGUCAUCAUGGAUGUCAACACCUGUGUUCAUGGAGUCUUAGCUGUCUGGAUCAGUGGGGUCAUCUCUGGAGUCAUGCAUACAGCUACUACUUUCUCCAUCCACUUCUGUGGUGCCAAUAUCAUUCACUAGUUCUUCUGUGAUAUCCCUCAACUCCUUAAACUCUCUUGUUCCAAUGACUACAUCAGUGAGCUUGGGGUCAUAGGCUUCCUGUCCUUGGUGGGAUUUCUCUGUUUCAUCUCAAUUGGCCUCUCCUACACACACAUAUUCUCUACUGUGCUGAGGAUCCCAUGUGCUGAGGGGAGAGCCAAAGCCUUUUCUACUUGCCUGCCCCAUCUAUGUGUUGUCAUAUUAUUUAUCUCUACUGGAGUUUUUGAGUUUGUAAAGCCACCUUCUGACUCUCCAACUAUGCUAGACUUUUUCCUUACUGUUCUCUAUACUGUUGUGCCCCCAACACUGAAUCCAAUGAUUUAUAGCCUAAAGAACAAAGCCAUAAAGGCAUCUCUAAGAAAAGUUUUUAAGGAAAGAAAAGCCUCCAAUGUGCUACUGGUUUGCUGA